CCAUUCAUACACUUACACUCAAAGAAAAGGUGACAAGAAAAGAAAAAGAAAAAAUCAAAGCCAUGAAGAGGUCAGUUUGCGUUGCAGUGCUUCUAGGCAUUCUCCUCUUUGCUCCGAUUUUCAUCUCCGGCAGACACAUUGGCAGGCCGCGCCAUAAUCAUGGGCACCACCAUGCCACAAGGCCAAGGACAAAGCAGGGGACGAUGGUGAGGCCAGAAUUGUACUGGGAGAAAAGGGGAAUGAAGCAGGGAAGAUCAGAUACACUUCAAGUUGCAGGGUCAAGCUUGCCUGACUGCUCUCAUGCUUGUGGGUCAUGCACACCAUGUAGACUGGUUAUGGUUAGCUUUGUGUGUGCCUCACUGGCUGAGGCUGAGACAUGUCCUAUUGCUUACAAAUGUAUGUGUCAUAACAAGUCCUAUCCUGUGCCAUGAUCUCAAUACUUCAUUGUAACACUUAGUGUAGUGCAGUUCCUUGAGGUUUCUUUCAUUUUUUUUUUCCAUCUGUUUUGUCUGUUUUCUAGGUAGAAGUGACUUGACUUCCCAUUUUGUCUGUUUUCUAGGUAGAAAUGACUUGACUUCCCAUGUGUAAUCAAAGAGUUUCUGAUUUCAGCCAUUCUUAUA